UUGCAGCCGUUACCCGCCGGGACCUCCGGGGGGAAGGGUGGGGGGGUUCGGCCGGGCCUUGUACCGGGAGCCGCCGCCGCCGCGGGAGAAGCCCCGUCCCGCCCGCUCCCUCCCGGUUGUCGUUCCCUCCCACCUCCCAGGACAGGCCCGGUGUUGGCGGAGCAGCCUCCGCCGUGUCCCGGUGGGAGAGCGGCCCCGGGCGGGCCUCGCUCUCCGCUCCCCCGGGGCUGCGGAACGCGGAGGCCUUGGGCGGGCACCCCCGGGGCUGCGGAGGCGUUUCCCUAAUCGGGGACCGAGCACCGAGGCGGUGACCCGGAGGCUGAUGCAACGUUCCCAGAGCGAUAGCGUUGGGAUGCCUCACCCGGGUGAAAGGUAGAAAAGCCACGAGCAAUUAGGACGCCGCUGAAAUCCCCAUCGGCUCUUCGGAGUCUGCAGCUCCUCUGGGAGGAUGGACACCCUGAGGAACCGGACGGUGGAGGAGCUUCGGGAGCUGCAGGAUAAUGCAGAGGAGAUCGAGCGCCUGGCUCUGGAGUCGCAGGAGGUUCAGGAGCUGCAGCUGGAGCGGGAGAUGGCCCUGGCCGCCAACCGGAGCUUGGCCGAGCAGAACCUGAAGUUCCAGGCGCCGCUGGAGACGGGGCGCACCGACCUCUCGAACAAAUACGAAGAGCUGCAGAAGCUGGCUGAGCGGUGUAAAGAGCAAAAGGCAAAGCUGGAGAAAUUUUCGGCGGCGAUGCAUCCUCAGACUUUGCUGGAUCUCCUGCAGGUGGAAAGCCAGAAAAUCGAAGAGGAGUCUGAGAAAAUGGCCGAGAAGUUCCUGGAAGGCGAAGUGCCCCUGGAGACGUUUCUCGAGCAGUUUUCCGGCAUGAGGAAGUUGUCCCACUUGCGCCGGGUGAGAGUUGAAAAGCUGCAGGAGAUCCUGAGGAAGUUGGAAGCGUCGCAGGAACCCGGCAGGGACUCUCAGCCGCAGCUGCCUCCUCACGUACCUGGGCCCGUGGAACCCCCAAAGCCUUCGGGGGCUCCUUCCUUCCCGUUGCCCUACAGCCCAGCCCCGAGCGUGCCGGUGGGCCCCACGGCCCACGGAGCUCUGCCUCCCGCUCCUUUCUCUGGCUCCCCGGUCACCGUGGGACACGUUGCAUCCUCUCAGCCCAGCACCCAGCCCACGUAUCCGUGUCCGUAUCCUCCAGGUCCCGGACACCCGCCGGCUCAGGCUGCCGAUUCCGCACCGGGGUAUCCCAAACCCCCCUCGGGAGUCUCGGCUCCAGGCUAUUCCUGGUCUCCAUCCAGGGGUCCGCCUCAGCCCCCACCGUUUGCCGGCUCUCGCCCUUCUCCUCCGCCCCCCAGACCCGGGUACCCUCCCUACUUCCCCCCCGCGACAGGGAGACCGCAGUGCCCCUACCCGACCCAACCCCCUCUCCCGAAUUUCCCGAUCCCCCCGCAGCCUCCCUAUCCUCCUGGACACCCCCCGCCCUUUGGAUACCCCCCGCCACCGAACCCUCAGCGCCCCGCUUGGCCUGGCUACUAAAUCGGGACUCCUGGGGGAGCGUCUCCUGAUGCUCCCACCUCUUUUUUUUUGUGCACUGAGGAAGAAGAGCGACUCGAGAGAAUUGCUCUUCGCCCCAUCGGUGCGAAAGCAUUACGCAGGAGAAGGGACAGUAGCGGCUCCGGGGAUUCGGGGAGGGGGGGGCGGCUUCGGGCAGGCUGACUCUGCCCCCGCGAGCUGCUACUCGGUGACGAUGGCUGGUGGGCUGAAUUGUUGGCUUCCAAAUGGGCUCGUCCGGGCUCCGGUGUGAAAGCCAAGUCGUCUAGGUACCGAGGAACGCUGCGCACUGACUGCAGCCCCCCUCCUCCACGCCCCGAGACACUCCCCCCAGCCCCCCGCCAUCGUCUGCGCGUGGGUGAGCGGGAGAGACCGCACCGCGUGUGCCUCUCGUUUGCUGGGCGCGUAACGGGUAUGUCGUCUCCUCAUUCUAAGCCUUUGCACAGGUCUUCCAAAAGACGCGCUGGGGAUCCCUGACGGUAUUUCUGACGCAAAAAUACUCCUUUGCUUUCCCAAGGGCUUUCCUGGAAGCCAGAGGCGGAGCCAGCCCGUCUCCCCCCGCCCCCCCCCCGGGUGGUUUGGGACUGAUGGCGGCCAGCUCGCCCUUUGGCUGGGCCAGGCUUUGAGAUCCAGCCGUGAUUUUACGUUGGGGAGGGAUAACUCCCCCAACCAGCUCUUCUGGAGCCCUUCCCAGCCCGUCAGGCUCCCCCCGGCGCUGCCAGGACCGGUGGAGAGGUACCAAAGCAGCGGCUCUUCCCAGUUCUGUUAUUUUUGGGUGCUUCCAGCUCACCGGAGAGCAAAAAACCACUCUCGCUGCUGCGUCUGUCCAGCACAGGAGCCUUUCCCAGCCCGUGCGUUGCCUCACGGUGGGCUCCGGUAGCUCCCCAGAGUUCAACGCCUGGAUAUUAUCUGUGUUUUUGAAGUAAAAUAGAGUGACGCGACGUCUCGGGCUGCUGCUGCUUUUGGGGGAAGGAAUCUCUCGGGUGACCGGAGCGGGAAUCGACGACUCCUGCCCAGCUCUGGGAAAACGCUGGGGCUCCUGGAUCCCCGGCCUCUCCCGCAGCACCCAGGGGAACGGGGCGGGGGGGAGGAAGGGGGGGAGCUUUAGGGUGCUGCGGGCUCCCCCUUCUCAGGAAACACUAGAUAACGGAGGGAGCGACAAGUUAACGGUACCGGGAUUUGCUUUGCUCGGCACUUUAUCCUUCGAGUCCUGCCUGUUAUCCCCGUUAAGUUAUUUAUAAGGAAAGAUUUACUAAUGGACUAGAACGAGGCAAACGCUUGUGGGCCUGGACGGAAGCGAUUCCCUGUCUGUGGUUAAUUACAGUAAUAAAAUUUGAUGAACUGCA